UUCCCGGCCUGCCUCUGCCCGCGCGAGAGCGGCGAAGGAGGCGGCGGCGGCGGCCCGCCAUGGCCGAGUCCCCGGAGGAGGUGGCGGUGCUGGUGCAGCGCGUGCUGAAAGAUCUGCGCAACGCCUUCAAGCGCAACCCGCACAUAGAUGAAAUUGGAUUAAUUCCCUGUCCUGAAGCCAGGUAUAACCGGAGCCCUAUAGUUCUGGUGGAAAACAAACUUGGGGUGGAAAGCUGGUGUGUCAAGUUUCUUUUGCCCCACGUCCAUAACAAGCUCCUUCACUACAGACAAAGGAAGCAAUGGCUCAACAAAGAAGAGCUGAUAGAUAUCACCUGUACGUUGCUGCUAUUGAACCCAGAUUUCACUACUGCAUGGAAUGUCAGGAAAGAAUUAAUAGUAUCUGGCACUUUAAAUCCAGUUAAAGAUUUACAUCUUGGGAAACUGGCACUAACAAAGUUUCCAAAGAGUCCAGAAACGUGGAUUCACAGACGCUGGGUGCUGCAACAACUAAUUCAGGAAAACUCCUUGCCCACUCUCGUGAAUAAAGGGAAUCUGGAAACAGCUCCCACGGAAAGGAUUCAGCGGCUAGUGAAAGAAGAAAUGGAUGUUUGCUGUGAAGCUGCUGGGAGAUAUCCAAGUAAUUACAACGCCUGGUCCCAUCGCGCCUGGGUCUUGCAGCACUUGGCCAAGCUCAGUGGAAAGAUUCUUCUAGAUGAACUUUCUUCCACUAAGCACUGGGUCGCCAUGCACGUUUCAGACCAUAGUGGAUUCCACUACCGCCAGUUUUUAUUAAAAUCUUUGAUUGGAGGAACUGAGACUGAGUGUACUGGAGAAGUGCACAAUUCAGCAGCCAAUCAGCAAACACCCAGGCUUCUAAAAGAUGAAGAAAAGGAUGAAGCAGAAGCUACCUGUGUGGAAGAACAACCAGAUCUUCCACUUCUUCUAAAUGAAGAAGUAGAGCUCUGCACUGAUUUAAUUAAUACUUACCCGGGGCAUGAAACCCUGUGGUGUCACAGACGGCGUGUGUUCCAUCUUCAGCACCACUUAAAAAACAAACUUCCACUUCCAAGUGUCUGGUCAGCAGCAGCAGACAAGAGUGAUGGCCUGUUGAACAACUCACACCCUGGUGCUGCAUUUGGUCAUGUGAGCCAAGCCAUGGAUGUGGACAGCCUGCUGGAAUCCAGCAAACAAGGCUACACUCAAGAAACCAAACGCCUGAAACGUGCUCCUGUGCAGGACUCUGUCAGUCUCGAAGCAGAAUACAGGUUCAUCGAUCAAGUUUUAUCAACAUGUAGGGAUGUAGAGCAGGCAAGGUUUGCUGGGGCAUACAGAAAAUGGCUGGUUUCCUUUCUAGGUCAGUGAAGAAGGAGAUUUUAAAUAAUAAUAAUAAUCAACAACAUGCAGGGUCCUUUGUUUAGUGCAAUAUUCUCUUUACAAACAUUGGUGCUUGUAGUGGCACCUGGAACUUUUCAUCCUUUAUUUUUGUUGUCUGUGCUAAAAUCCUUUCCUGAUGAUGGCUUUCACUUAUAUAUAUUUUCAAACACCCCGGUGUUGAUCAAUAAAAGGUUUUUUCUGCGUUUAUGUUACAUGUAGGGUGACUCCAUAUCACAAACUCAUUAAUUAUACUAUUUUUUAAAUCACCUUAAAUUAAGAUGAAUAUACGUUAGGUAGCUAAUACCACUGGAAAAUGUACUCACUUUUCAAUCUCUCUUCCAUAACAAAUGCACCUGAUCAAAAACAUUGCCCACAAUGGAUAAUCAUCCACAACAUCAGCGUAGACAGGAUUUUGGCCUGUUUGUUUUAAGUACAAAUUUUGUUUAAGUACAAAUUAUAAGUGGUUUGUGUGUAAUGUUAAACCAUAGUUAAAAAUUAAUUAUGGUUUAUUGCAAAUGAGCAAUGUAUUGUCUCCCACUCCUGACUUCACUGUGAUGGAGAAACAGACCAGAGACCAGCUUCAUGGUUCCUGCACACCAAGGCUUGCAUUUGGUUUCAGGGAGUGAACCAAGCUGGGCCUUCCUAGCAGAUGCACCGGCACCUGAUCCUUCUCAUUAAACCGCCAUUAGUUUCAUGUGUGACCUGGCCAUGGAAUCCUUGCAUUGCUUUCCAUGCUCCGCCAUGCUUCUGUAAAUGUUCCAGACGCAGUUGGUUUGUUUCUGGUUCAGAUCUGAAUCACUCUGACCUUACUUACAUUUUCAUUGCAGUGCCAGUUCUAGAGGAAUAUGGUUAAUAUGAAGUUGCAGGAAAGUUGUGAAAGUUAGUGAGCGAAAAUUGUUUCAGUCUUACACACACUAGCUAUGUGGUUAUUAAAGUCCUUCAUUGCAUGUUAUAUUUUAUUUAUUUUUCAUUUGACUCAAGCCAGUGUUAAUUAUGUAUAUUUAUGAAUGUAUUAUGAAUACUACAGAAUUCUGCAAAGCAUCAAAACACAUGCCAUGGGUAACUCAGGACAGAUUCUUAACCUGAAAUUAUCUUAGUAUGUGGUGGCUGCUGGGUUUUUUGCGUUUGUGUUUGAAGAACAGGGGGGGGGAGUCUUUUCCUAUUGAUGUUGCUGAUUCUUUUCAGUGAGAAAGACAGUUCAUUGUCUUCAGCCUCCUCCUCAUGUCUUUUUGUUAUUUAUAAAUCCAUCAAAUGUUAAGAGGCAAUUUAUUUCCUUGCAAUCAAGCUUUUCUUCCUUACUGCUUUGCUAACAGUAGAGUGAAGUAUUAUUGAUUUGUUCCGGUAUUUCUUUAGUGCUGGCCUACAUUCGAGAUUCCUCAGCCAUUAUGGCAAUACCCUACUAAAUGCAGCCCGCUUAGCACACAGGCUCCAAUAGGAAGCUCCUUCUGUACCCCCAAACAAAUGUAGACUCUUGCCCAUGACCUCAGUCACAGGGGCAGCUUCAGCCACUCAAUGGGAAUUGGGGCACGCUGAAGUCAGUUGAGAAGCAAUUGCUUCGCUUGAAGUUCCAUGCAGGGAAGGAGCCCUGAAUGGAGCACUAGAAGGACAGCACUCUGGAGUCUGUGAGUCUGUCAGCUCACAGGUUUCUGCCUCUCGUAAAGUCUGAGGUUGAUUGGAAGAUAAGGAAAUGCAAAAAGGCCACCAGGCAAUAUAUUUCAACCAUGUUGUGGGUUCAAGCCCCACCUUGGGGAAAAAUUCCUGCAUUGCAGGGGGUUGGACUAGAUGACCCUUGUGGUUCCUUCCGGCUACAAUUCUAUGAUUCUAUUGAUAUAUCACCAUAGCAUCAUUCUGCUUUCUUGAAUUGUCCUAGGCAUAGCAGCCAACUCCUAGAGGCCUAGGUGCCCCCUCCCCAAAAUUACUGGUAAAUACCGUAUUUGAAAGAGUCAUAUCCCCCCCCCAUGUUGAUGGGCUUUCUAUGUGGGGCUUACCUGCCCCCCCCCCCAGUAUUUUAUUAAGGAUGGAAGAGGGAGGGAAGGAAGGAAGGAAGAAAUAGAAAGAGGGAUAACUCACAUUUGUGGGUGCCUCUGGGUGACGCUGUGAUGCUGGAACUCUGCAGCAAGAGGAAGAUACCAGUACGCCUUGUAAGCAGCUUUCUCUCUGCUUGAUUUACAGCAGGCACGUCCAACAGGUAGAUUGUGAUCUACCAGUAGAUCACUGGAUGUCUGUGGUAGAUCACUGCUAGAUCACUGGCACCCCUUAAAAAAGCUCACCCAAAAUUUUCCUCCUCCCUAAAAAAAGCUGAACAACUAUGACCUGAAGCCCUAAACAAAAAUGGGCCUCCCUCCCUCUUAAAAGAAGCUCAACAAGUUUGACCUAAACCCCCCAAAACAGGGCUUCCCUUCCUUAAAAAACUCAACAGCUUUGACCUGAACCCCCCAAAAGGGGGUAGAUCACUCCCAGUUUUAAACUGUGAGUAGAUCAGGGUCUCUUGGGAGGUGGCCACCCCUGAUUUACAGUAUACAGAUGCAGGAGGAGGGGCAUACUAGAACACCACUGCUUUUUAUAAACAUCACUGUGUCUGUCAAAGCUACAGCCCCCCUUUUUCUUAUUCACUUCCUUUUAGUCUUGCAGAGCCACCUUAGUCAAGUUGAAUCCUCUGCACCCUCAUUAAAUUGCCAAUAGAACUCUUAAUGUGAUCCCUGAAUGCUCAUUAACAACUCCCACUGAAGAACAAUAGGGUGAAGUGGUGAGCUAUCAAAUCCUGCCUGAAAGGGUAUUCUGCUCCAUUGUCUUAACUGCUUAACUACCGGUAGCCACUUUGCUUUAUUUAUUUGAUGUGUUUUUGUUACAGCUGUGUUCCCGCCCACCCCCCCCAAGCGGAGACCGAGCUGCUCUCACUAAAGCAAAGCACGUCUCCCGUUUGCCCUUUCCCCCUUCAGUUUUUGGAGGGGGAAAGUGCUGGUUAUGGUCUGAAAAAUACGUUAAUUUUUUGCUUCGGGGGGCAGCUGCCCCCGCCUGCCCCUCCCCCCGGGUACGCCUAUGGAUUUGCAUGUAACUCAGCCAAUCUAGGACUUGCCAUGAACAAGCACACAUACUGGUGCACAGUGAUAAAAUUGAAGCUGCUUUGCUCCUCCCCUGCUGCUGCCACAAUACUUGGAACUAAGACAUAGUUUGGCUCAGCAGAACUAUGCUGUUGGUCUGUUUUACCGGGGGGGGGGGCAUUCAAAAAAGCCAUGGAAUGCAAUGAAGGCUUGUUCUUGGUUUACUAUCUGCAGCUUGUUUGGGGGAGUCUGCAGCCCGUUGGAGACCACCUGUAGGAACUAUAUUGACAGUAAUUCAGUUUUAUUUUCAUAAAACUUCAUCAUUUAAAAUGAAAUCCACUAAGCUCUGGGAACAUGCACUUUCCAUUCAUUACAAUGGGAUCAUGCAUGCCCCAUUGAAAUACCGUACUUUACCAUGUAUUAGACAAGUUUUUUUACUCCAAAAUAAAGUAAAAAAUGGGGGGGUGUCUUAUACAUGGCUGUUGCAGAGGGAGGACAGCGAUUGGUUGCAUUCAUGAGCAGGAUCUAUUGAUUGGGUGGGUGAAUGGUGGCUGCUGCAAGGGCUGCUUUAGAUUGGCUGCGGCUUUUUUAUUAUUAUUGCAAUUCUUAUAAUUUUACAAAAUGUUCCAAAAUAUCCCAGAAUUUUCCAAAAUAUAAUAUACAAAGUACACAAAAUAAACAGAAUAAACAGAAUAGCAGGAUAUCCCCCAAAAUGAUAUACAGCCAUCGAUAAAUGAAAAUCAAAAGAAACUAAUCCAAAUACUGCCACUUUAUAUCAACCUAAUCCUUUCCCCUCUCCCUUACUAAUCUCUCUCCCCCGCCCUCUCCUAACUUCCCUCACCCAUGUACGAUCUCUUUUAGUCUUAUGUAUAGAUUUUCUGUUGCGUUAUGUGUUUUAUAAUUAUUAUAAUUUCCCUUUCUAUUUUUCUCCUUGCGAGCAUUACUCAUUUCUGUUCAUACUUAUUUAAUUUUCCUUUCCAUAUUUUGCCAUAUACCCUUCUACAAUUUUCCAUUCCUCCUUCAGUUUUUGAAUAGAGCCCCCCCCCUUUAUUAUUGUGGUUAAUUUUGCCAUUGCCAUAUACUCAUACAACUUAGAUCUCCGUUCCGAUAUUUCUGAUAUUAGUCCUGUUUUUCAAUGCCUUGCCACCAAUAUCUUUGCUGCUGCUGUUCCAUAAAGAAAUAUAUUCUUUUUUCCUUGGGAAUAUCCUCUGUUACCAACCCCAGCUAAUAGGCUUCUGGUUUUUUAUGAAUUGUUCUUUUAAAGAUUUUUUUGAAUUUUAAUCCAAAAUUGUUUAAUAAUCUUACAACCCCAUCACAAGUGGUAUGGUGUCCUACCUCCUCCUUGCACCUCCAACAUAAAUUUGAGUACCGUAUUUUUUAUUAAUCUUCGCUAACUUCACAGGCGUAAUAUCCCAUCUUCAUAAUGUUUUCCCUUAUUGCGUAGCAAGCAAGCUGUAAAAUUUAUAUCUUGGCUCCAUAGUUUUUCCCACCUUUCUAAAUAAAUUGUUUUACCCAAAUCCUGUGACCACUUAAUUGUUAUUUCCUUUAUUACUUCAAUUCCCAUUCCAAUAUUAAUUUGUAAAGUCUUGAUAUGAUCUUUUUAUCUGGCUGCUGCUUGGUCAAUUUGGCUUGCGUUGCUUUUGAUUGUUAGUGUUUGCCAGUUGGGUGAGUGAUAUUUGGUUUAGCAUCCCCCCCCCAAAUCGCUCAUUUUCUUAAAUUUGAACCCCCAAACAUACAUGGGACGGAAAAGUAUGGUAAAUCAAAGCUGUGCAACAGCGUCACAGAGGAUUUACUCCAAUUCCCUCUUGGUUUUGACAUUCCUUAUGUGUAUCAUAUAAAUGUACAAGGGAGAAAAGUGGCUAUCUCAAAUGGGGGUGCAAUAAAAAUGUUCAUGAUGGACAGAUAAUUCCCUCUUUGCUUGAGCUGCAUUGAUUUUAUGAAAGCUUUGAAAAGUAAUAGUGAGACGUGACUUGAAAUCCAUUUUUGCUUUCUUAUGGAUUUCUAAACUGAGGUCCCAGCUAGAUUCCCUGAAGCUAUAUAUAAUGAUAAUUCUGCUUAUUAAAUUUGGCAGCCCUUCCAUUAUCAUAGACGUAAGGUCAAACUCUGCCCUCAAAUAUGCAUUUGUGAUGGUAGUAGGAAUUGUAUGUGCAGAAGCCUGCAUGCCUGCAAUGAAACAGUGAAGUAUCUUUGGGUUUUAAGCUUGCCUCAGUAGCUUGCAAAAUAAAAGGGAGGUUAUUUAGAGUUUUAAAAGGAUAUAAAUUGAAUCAUAAUGGUUGGGGAACAGUAUUUUUUAAAAAGAUUCAUUGAAAUAUUCUAAUGUCUGUUUAAUGAUUCCAGUGGAAACUAAAAGAAAAAAUAAACCUACCUUUUUUUUUAAUAGCUGAGCUCUGGCAGUGUUAGGAGACCUAAAGGAAAGAGAAGUAAAAAUUUAGAUAAAUGAGUAUGGCUCAUAGAAGCAAUAACAAAAAGAAGUAAUUUCUCAUCUACAUAUAUAAAAAUGGUGAAAGUGUGGGCUCCACUUUUCUCCGUAACCGCUUGACCAAUUGUCCUGAAAUUUGGACACAACGAUCCAUGCCACUCCCCGAGUGUUUGCAGGGGGAAAUCCCUCUAAUAUCACACCUGAACAGGCAGAAACCUGCUUUUCCACCAAGUAAAACAGCGCCCUCAACUGGAAUUCCUCCCACACUACACCCCCUCCCUUCUUGUGAAAUCUACACCACACCCACAAACCAAAUAAUGACAUCAUCAACCAAGCAACUGAAACUACCAAGGCGGCCAUUACCAGACCCCUAGGCCCUGCCAGGCUGCUAGGCCCCCACUAGGCCCGGGGGGGAGGGGGUGAGCACCCGGAUUGCAGGUCGCAGCACGGCCUUUGUUUUAUGUAGGCCCCUGCCAGGCCGCCAGGCCCCCACUAGGCCCGAGGGGGAGAGGGGGGGUGCCCAGAUCGCAUGCCGCAGCACGGCCUUUGUUUUAUGUAGCCACCUGCCAGGCCCGGGGGGGGAAGGGCGAGCACCCGGGUCGCCGUCCGCAGCACAGCCUUUGUUUUAUGUAGGCCCCUUCCAGGCCGCCAGGCCCCCACUAGGCCCAGGAGGGGAGAGGGCAAGCGCAUGGAUCGCAGGCCGCAGCAUGGCCUUUGUUUUAUGUAGGCCCCUGCCAGGCCCCCACUUGGCCCGGGGGGGGGAUAACCCACAGCAACGCACUUGGGGGCAUGGCAAGGGGUUUUCACUUAAAAAAAUUAGUGGACAUUGUGUCACAAGCAAGGCUCCAACGGCCAUUUUAAGUAAGGGCAGUCAUGCCCCUUUUAACCUACACUCUCUACUAUGACUGAUUGCAAGCCUCUGUGUCUUUUUAAAAAAACCAUGCACUUUCUCUCCCCAGUUUCAGUCCUUGGAUAUUUGCAGUGGCCACCCCCCCCCCCAUUUACAAUCUCCUACCUUCCCCUUGCCACUUCCUGGGUUUUUUAUGGAACCGAACAGCUCGGGUGCUUCGGAACGCACCUUCUGUUGCUACGGGGCUUUGGGUCUUUGAUUCCCCCCCCCCUAGGUCAGGAUUAUUAAAGUAGUUCUCUAGGUUCUCUGGGUCACCUACUCCAAAAUUAGAAAAUCCAAAUAACAAAACACACACACACACACACAAACCAAAACACACAACAAUGCUCAAAUCAUACAAUACCCACCAAAAUAAAUGACAACCCCAAAAAUAAAAUUAAACAAUAAUAACUUCUGCUUCUCAUGCUCUUAUUUCAAAUUUUUUUAAUCUAAAUAUAAAAAAAUGUUUGGGCAGCUCCCAACAGAAUAUUAAAAAUGUUUGGGCAGCUCCCAACAGAAUAUUAAAAAAACAUUUCAAAUAAUAAUAAUUCAUUUUGGUUGGCAGAUUUUUGGCAUGUGUAAAAGAUAUUUCCUUAGUAAUAUAUUUCCUUGUGGGAACCUGUGUAGUAUGUAAAUGAGAGCUCACAAGUACGAACAUUCAACAUUCAAUUUGACUGCAUUCUUUGAAGUUCCAGACUGGAAAAAGGCUGUGCCGUCCCAUUGAUUUAGCUGUGCCUUGAGGAACUGGUGAUUACCAUACAUUAAAAGUCCCCUGCACAACACUUCAAGUACUAAGUAACACUAGAUUGAGUUUUUAGUAUGUCGGAGGUCAGGAAUAUUCAAACUUAAUAAUUAAACCAUGGCAUUGCUGGCAAAACACCUGAACAUCGAUUUAGCCCCAAACUGUUGUUCAUUCUUACAGUUCUUUGAGUUAAUAGAGAUACAAUGUCCAAAAUAAUUGAGAACUAAAUUGCCCAUGCAUUUUUUAAGGAUUCAGAGAGUGUUAGGUCUCCCUGCACUGUAUCACAUAUGAACAAAUCCAGUCUUCUUGUUUUGCCCUUGUAUGCUUGUCAAAUCUUGUUAUGGCAGCUUUUUGGUAAAGGUUAAUUGCCGUUACCUCUGAUAAUCACUUCAGAAGUGAGAAUCCCAUUUAAGAGUAUUAAACAAUGAGGUCAGAAUAAGAAUACAAGCAUUGAAUACUGCAUUAUGUCAGCUGCAGCGAUUGCACUCGUGGUAAGGGCUGAAUAAGCAGUUGACUCUAGAUCUCACAUUGUUUAGUUUGUGGGAUUAAAAAAGCACUAUGUACCAGUACAUUAGGGACCCAGGUGGCGCUGUGGUUAAACCACUGAGCCUAGGGCUUGCUGAUCAGAAGGUCGGCGGUUCGAAUCCCUGUGACGGGGUGAGCUCCCGUUGCUCGGUCCCAGCUCCUGCCAACCUAGCAGUUCGAAAGCACAUCAAAAUGCAAGUAGAUAAAUAGGAACCGCUACAGUGGGAAGGUAAACGGUGUUUCCAUGUGCUGCUCUGGUUUGCCAGAAGCGGCUUUGUCAUGCUGGCCACAUGACCUGGAAGCUAUACGCCGGCUCCCUUGGCCAAUAAUGCGAGAUGAGCGCGCAACCCCAGAGUCGGUCACGACUGGACCUAAUGGUCAGGGGUACCUUUACCUUUACCUUUACCAGUACAUUAUAACUUUUGUGACAGUUACAGUGGUACCUCGACUUACGAAGGAGAUCCGUUCCACAGCGCUCUUCGGAAGUUGAAUCCUUCCUAAGUCAAAGCAUCCAUUUUGCGCAUGUGCAGAAGGCGUGCGCGGCGAAAAUACUCCAGGUUAGUGAAGUCGAGGCAUUCGUAAGUCGAGGUACCACUGUACUUGGAAAAGGCUAGUACAGAUUCAGCAAUUUUAUAUCAGUUUUAAUGCAAUAAUAAGCCAUCCCAUUUAAGCUACAGUAUUGUAAAUACCACGUUGAACAGAGGUUUUGUUUUUAAUUCUAUAUUUUUGAAUCAGUGGGAAACACCUGUGUUUGUGCUUCUUGAUAGUUAUUUGUUAUCAUGGAGAGAAACAUGGGUCAAGUAGUUUAGUCGCCACUGAUGAGUUUUCUAGAUAACAGCUAUAGGAUUGGAUUGUGGUCCCCCCCAUUCGCUUUAAGUAAGCUUUGGGAGGCAAAAGAACCAGGGCAGUUUUGAUAUUGUGAGUGGUACAGUUGUGAAAUAAUGGACAUUAAAAUUCAACAUGGGAAGAGGUUGAGCUGUGAUUACGUAGAUUUACUAUGGGGAGCAUAAAUGCAACAAACACCAGCAAAAGCCAUUUUCUUUUAUUGUAGGUUUGUAACACUUCAGCACUCUUCCCCUGCUUGUUAACAACAAUUGGCAGGGUGUUUAUAUACUUUAUUUUUAUUGCAGUUUUCUUUUAUUAUGCAGGAGUUAAAUAGUUGAUAUUUGAAUAAUCCACACAUAAUUUAUUAUUAGUUGCAUUGUUACCUUUACGCAGCAGACUUGUGUUUAAGAAGAAAACAGUGAUGUUGUUAUGCGGUUAGAUUACGGGAGUGUUUCUAUGGUACCUUAAAUCUGUUUCAGACUCUAUGUAUUCUCUUUCUGUCUCAGUAAAGGCAUAAGGAUAGUUAGAAUCUGAACUGCAUAAUAUGCUGCACUUUCCUGGGUCUGCCCUGCCUGAAAUAACGCAAUUUUUAACCAUUCUGAGUAAAUAAUGUUUUUGGCUGGUGUCGAGGAAUGGCUGGCUGUUUUGUGUACAGCCAAAUCCAGCGAGCAGUUUUUGAUGGUGCUCUGCAGUUUCCAUUGAGAGUGGUUGUGGUUUUGGAUCACUAUACUCAUUCCAAAUUGUAAUGCUUUUUUGCAGAAUAUACAAGUUGAACCUGAGUUUUUAGUAUAUUCUUCUGCUGAAAAUUAGACUGUCAGUUUAGAUGCACUCUAGACAUCUCAAGAUCAGCUAAGUGAAAGAUGGGUGUGACUUUUAAAGGAACCUGAGAAACAGUCUCCUCUUCUGUCUGGACAUUAAGAUACUUUUGAUAUUAAAUACGAGGAGGGGGGACCCCACUACUUUCAAACUUUUUUUUCAAUAUGGCUUUUGAGUGUUGAUGGCCAUUUUUUCUCACUUACUCUGUUUAAUGUUGUCCAAAUUAGUUUUCUCUCUGAAGAGUGAAGUGUAACAAGGCAGGGGGGUCUUUUUCAGAUAACACAGACUCCCUCCCAAGAGUCGAGAUGAGGCCAUGUCUUUAGAGGCACUUGCUUUUUACUUUGAACCUCAAAGCUCGGAUUUUGAAAAGCAAGAACUGUGUCAAUUAAGCCAAUGUGAUUCCUUUUCAUGAGGAGCUUUCACUAACAAAUGCUUCCAAUGGUUUGUGAAGUUGGAAAGCUCUUCAGGCCAGAACUUAUUUCUGCCCUUUCCACAUUGCAAGCGCUGUAUAAUGAUCAAACCAUGGAAAUGGGCUUGUGGUCAUUGAUGCUUUCAGUAUAUAUUAAAGCAGGAACAGACUUCUAGUGACUUCUAGUUUGUAAUACUCAUUUACUCAGGGUAUAGAAUAUCAAGUGCAUUAGAUUCAUUUUUUUACCUCUAUAUAACCUAUGAUGUGCAAAUACUUAAAUGCUAAAUGCAUAAUAAUAGUCUCUUAAAAUUUAGCCAUCUAACUAAUGCUGUAACUGGUUAACAGCUUUUAAAAAUCCACAUUUUGCUCUUGUUCUGCAAACAUGCGGUUUAUUUUGUUUCUGAAAUUAAAAUAGCUGUCUGUUAGUAAACUGUGGGCCUGUCCUUAUAGGUUGCCAAAUAUCUCUUUACAACUAAGUGUUCUUGAGAGGGGGACGCGAGACAAUAUCCUCUUUAACAGCACAAAUUAAUUUUUGCUGCUGCUCCAGUUAAUUAAGUAUAAUACCCACUGGUAUCUGGAGCAGGCUUGUUACCUAUUACCUCUUGGCAUGACUCAGCCAAAAUUAAUGAGCCUGCAUGACAGUCCUAGGCAGGCUUUCUCAGAAAUAAGUCCCAUAACUUCAGUGGGUUUACUUCCAAGUGAGUGUGCUUAGGAUCAAAGCCUAACACUGUUUAAGGUUGACUAAAUAGUGCCUAAAGCCAAGAGAUAUAGUGAUGGAAUAUUGUUGUAGAGAUACAAGGGACUUAAAAUUGGUUAGAUUUAAAUUUUGAAAUAAGCAAAGGAUGCACAAUAGCAACACCUGGGGAAUUAUACAGACACAUGUAACCCUGGUCAACCGCCCUAUAUAGACUCGGUAAAUAUUUGGAUGGAAAAAGCAUGGAUAUUCCAUUGUGUAAAACUGUAAACGGAAUACGUAAGUAGCAUGAACCACCAGAGGAAUAAGUGUUUUCCACUCAUCUCUUCAAGGCUCUAAAGCAUUUUCUUGCCUUAUAUACCUGAUAUUCCUGAUGCCCCACCUGUGUUUUCUUUGUGAAAGAGGCAUUUCCUGCAGCAUGACUUUCCAAGUAAAUUCUUUAGUGUUUUUUUUACAUAUGCUAGCUUUUACAAAACAAUCUAAUGGAUGCAAUCCACAAGUUCAUUGCUGCUGCACAAUCUCUAUUAAUUUCAGUGUGGGGUUUCUUUAUUUGUUGUAUAUACUGGAAGUUAGAAUGAAACAAGCCUUUGGCUCAUUUCAGAUGUAAGAGGAAAUCAUGGUUAUGUAAAUUACCCAUAGUGAUCCCUCUGGUUUGAGUAGUUUCAGUUUUCCUUUCCCUUGCCAUUUUAAACAAGCCACUGCUGCCCAUCAUGGCAAAGCUCAGGGAAUGGUGGUUUGUUUUGAAACCAUGGUUAGUGAUUCCAGAUCCUUACUUGUUAUCAAAACAUAGUUUAAACACACCUCUGAUCUUUGAUGGUGAAAGGAGAGAUGGAGUUUUUGAGGGUGAGGCUUACUAUGACAAAUUUAUGUAAUGGGAAACAGGAGCUUUUAGUUACUUCUGAAUCAGGCCUUUGUCACCUUUGCUCUUGGUGUAGAAGAAAAACAGUGAACAAAAAUAUAUGAUUUAUCCUAUUCAUUAAGAAUAAAGGAAGUGAAUACAAUUUGCCCUUUCUCUGUUGUACACUUCGUCUACUGAACUCUCCAGCGAAGACUGCCAUCAAGGGGAAAAGGCAAAGGUGAAAUGUGAUGUGGCUUGGCUUUCCAGUAUCCAAAGUCCAAAAUCAAAUAUCAGUCAAGAGGUUCUCUGGAUAGCAAACCAUUUUUCUUAAAAAUACAAUAUUCCAGCAUGAGGGUGAGCUUGUAUCCAGGAGCUUGUGAGGAAAUGCUGUGGGUAACUGCUGUAGUUAACAUGACUGUUCUGUGUCUGCUUGUCCACUUUUUUCUGCCUAGAAUUGCAGUCGAUUUAAGAUGUUUGGACAACUGGAAUAGUUGGCCAAGAGUAAAAUUGGCAAUUUUCACAGGCAAGUCAUUUUGGCAACUUGUGGCAGGAUAUACAAUCACAAACAAAUCUUGAUGUGCAUUGUGCAUUCAAGCCAAUGAAGAAAAUACUUGGUUGUACAGUAUUCACUGACACUUAAUUUCUGUCUAACCAUCACUCUUCCAUUUUUAAAAAUCACACUACCCUCUAUUUUUCCAAAUUAAUGUGGGAUUUUGGAUGUUCAUUGGCUUUCAGAUAUCUUGAUAAGCCUUUUAGAAGAUAGAGAGAAGUUUACAUGAACUUUCUAUUUGAAAUAAAAUAAAAAAAUUCCUUCAGUAGCACCUUAAAGACCAACUAAGUUUUUAUUUUGGUAUGAGCUUUCGUGUGCAUGCACACUUCUUCAGAUUUGAAAAUUGAGCUGUUUCCUUGAGGAUGGGCAGUUAAAAUUGGGGAAAGCUACAAGUUAUGUCCAAAUAUAAAAGCUGUGUGCAUCCAGUUCCUUCGUCCUGCCCUAUUCCUGGGAGCUUUGCUCCUGUUUUACUGGGUAGGGGAAGCUGCUUCACAGAAGAAUCUCUUUCUGGUGCCUCAAAUACAGCAGAAUUGCCAUUGGCACCUGUAUUACAUAAAAUGCAAUGGAAAGGAUUGGCCACACUGAUCCAAUUCAAGGGUGAAAUGUUUGUUAUGCUAUAGUGUUGCUUGGCACACACUUCAUGUGGGCAUAACUACAUGGACAAAAUUCCAUUGUAGUGAUAUUUUUUCACAUGUGCUGAAUUGCCUAGAUAUUUUCACAUUCUCAAAAUUCAAGGUACACAUUUUGGUGCAAUAUUUUAAACACCGUAAGCCAGUGUUAGUUCUUCCACUGGUUUACAUGGUGGCUAUGUUUUUAUGUUUAUUGUAGGUUCAUAAGUUCUUACGAAAUAGUACCAUAACUACCUAGGGGUGUGUAUCUUCUUCCACUCAUUCUCACUUAAACCUGCUUCUCAAUAUGUUUGGCAUCUCAAAUUGCUGCCGAGUCUUGUGAUUUGAUGAAAUACUCCUUGAGUCUGGAGAGUAGUAGAAACUUCAUCCUGCUUAAAAUAUUGACGUAACUGGUUGUGGUGUUAACAACAGUGGAUGGGCAACAGCUACCCAACAGUUUAUGAGAUCGGAUCACAAAAUGAUACCUUGAUUUCUCCCCACCCCCACAAAUGGUUUGUAUCCUAGUAAUACAAAACUAUAUUACAGACUGGUUCUGAAGCUCUAGCCAUUCCUAUGCAGAUGUCUUCCAAAUCUAACAGGCAAAAUUGUGGUGGCAAAAUUGUGAUCAGCAAAAUUAUUUUUCCACUUCCAACAUCCAUCUGGGUGUUUAUGUGGUUCUCUUUUGUGUUCAUAUAUGAUGGUUCUAGUGACAGGCUAUACUAAGCACAGUUGUAAGUUAUUGUAUUUCUGUAUAAAAUGGAGAAUAGUGUACAUUAUUUUUGCUAAAUGUUGGCAGUUUUUAAAUAAAAAUAUCUUCCCAGU